AUGAUCAACGAUGCCCGCGGUAACACGACAGACCCAUCCUCGCGACUAGUCAUUGUGAUGGUGGGACUGCCUGCAAGGGGGAAAAGUUUCAUCGUCAAAAAGCUCGCUCGUUAUCUUAACUGGCUACAACAGUCUACGAGGAUCUUUAAUGCCGGAGAAUUGAGACGAAAAGCAGCUCUAGCGUCCAGUGGGGAUACAGCGUCCGCAUCACAGCGCACCUCACUGUCGUCUUUCUUUGACCCGAGUAACAAUGAAAACGUUUCGAAGCGCGAUGAAAUUGCUCUCAGUGUUCUGAACGAGCUGAUUGAGUGGAUAAUGCAAGACGACAGCCGCGUGGGAAUUCUCGAUGCUACCAAUAGCACCCGCCAGCGACGAAGGCUUAUCCUUGAACACAUAAGAGUCCUUGCAGGGCCAGAUUUGCCGGUGCUCUUUCUAGAGAGCUGCUGUUCGGAUAGUGCAAUUCUGGAAAGAAACUUUGCUUUGAAGCUUUCUGGUCCAGACUACCGGACGCAAGACCCGCAGCAGGCACUGAAUGAUUUCAAGCAACGAGUCGCUUUGUACGAGCGAGCAUACGUCACAAUCGGCAAGGACGAAGAGGCUGAGAAUUUUUCCUAUGUGAAAAUCAUCGAUGUUGGCCGUAAGAUUAGCGCACAUAUGGUUCAAGGCUUUUUGUCUACGCAGAGUGAGGACGAUAGAGUAGGGCGAAUAGGAAGAGAUUCUAAUCUCAGUGAUCUGGGAAAACGAUACGCAGAGGAUCUUGCCCAAUUCGUGCAGAACGAAAACGCCUCUUGGCAACCACAACCAGCAGGAGAGUCACUCAGGAAGCUCAGCAUCUGGAUGUCGACAAUGAUUCAGGCCUCCCAAACAGCGGAAGCUUUCCCAGACCAUAAUUUCAAGAAGACAAAGCAGAAAAUUCUGGACGAUAUCAAUGCUGGUGAUAUGGCGGGCGCAACAUUCGAAGAGAUUCGAGACAACUUUCCUAAGGUGUAUGGGGCACGAAAACAACACAAGCUUCUCUACAGAUGGCCAGGUCUGGGAGGAGAAGCGUACGCUGAUGUCAUAAAGCGGCUGAGACCGAUGAUCGUGGAACUCGAGAGGUCUAAAGAACAUCUUCUGGUAAUCUCUCAUCGUGCAAUCAUUCGGGUUCUCUUGUCGUACUUCUUGGAUCUACAACGAGAGGACCUGCCUGAGAUGCCGAUCCCUAAGGAUACUGUAUUUUUGCUGGAGCCGCAACCUUAUGGAAUGAUCUUCCGGGCGUUCGCACAUGACGACAACAAUAGAACUUUCGCGGAGGUGGAUGAUGUGAGGAAGCAAUUCAAAGGUAAUUAA